AAAUAAAUAGUGUUUUAUUAGAAUAAUUAUCUGUAGCCCAUUUCUCAAGAAGCCAACAAUGGCUUCAACUUGUCUGGAUGUGAGCUUUCUUGGGAAUUUUUGCAACAACUGGAGUUUCAGACCUUGUACAAGACUAACACCUUGCAUUUCCCAAGUAAGGAAUAGUUUAUUGCUUGGGAAAAACAAGAACUAUACUAGCUCUGUAGGAUAUAAGGGAAUUCCGUUAACAGAAAUUUCUUGUGUUCCAAGUGCUGUUGCGAGUUCUAGUGAACUUCCUCCACUUGUUAGUGCUUUAAAAGCUUCAGCUGAAGAAAAUGCUGCAAGUUUUCAUUUUCCUGGCCAUAAUAGAGGACAAGCAGCGCCAUCAUCACUAACUCAGCUCAUUGGUGCAAAACCGUUUCUUCAUGAUAUGCCUGAGCUUCCGGAGCUUGACAAUCUGUUUUCACCAGAAGGUCCCAUUCUCGAAGCACAAAAAGAAGCAGCAAGACUUUUUGGAGCAUUGGAAACAUGGUUCCUUGUUGGCGGUAGUACAUGUGGAGUUCACGCGGCCAUUAUGGCGACUUGUUCACCUGGAGAUACUCUUAUUCUCCCACGGAAUUCUCAUAUCUCAGCCAUAUCUGCCAUGGUAUUGUCUGGUGCACUUCCUAAGUAUAUCGUCCCUGAAUAUGAUUUCAAAUGGGAUGUUGCUGGUGGCAUCACUCCAUCACAGGUGAAUGAUGCAAUCAAAGAGCUAGAAAUGGAAGGCCGAAAAGCAGCAGCCCUUUUGGUCGUCUCCCCUACCUAUCAUGGUAUAUGCAGCAACCUGGAUGAGAUUUGUCAUAUUUGUCAUUCGUAUAAUAUCCCCGUAAUUGUCGAUGAGGCUCAUGGGGCCCAUUUAGGAUUUCAUCCAGAGUUGCCUAGCUCAUCCCUCAGCCAGGGAGCUGAUCUUGCUGUACAGUCUACUCACAAAGUUUUGUGUUCGCUUACGCAGUCAUCUAUGUUGCACAUGCAAGGAAAUCUUGUUAAUAGAGAAAGAAUCAGCAAAAGCCUUCAAAUGCUUCAAAGUAGUAGCCCUAGUUAUCUGCUUUUAGCAUCUCUGGAUGCUGCCAGGGCCCAAUUAAGUGAAAAUAGAGAGGCUGUUUUUGACAAAGCAAUGGACUUGGCUCUGGAAGCAAGAAGCUUGAUUAGUAAAAUUCCUGGAAUCUCAAUCAUUGAGUUCCCAAGUUUCUCAAGUUUUUUCCAGAUCGACCCAUUGCGACUCACCAUUGGUGUAUGGCAGUUAGGUCUUUCAGGUUUUGAAGCAGACGAUAUCUUGUGCAAUGAUUUUGGUGUUGUUUGUGAACUUGUUGGGACCAAAUCUUUUACUUUGGCAUUUAACUUAGGGACUCAAAGAGAUCAUGUCCUUCGGCUUGUAGCUGGUCUAAACCAUCUAUCACAAACUUCUCACUUUCCUCAACCUGUGAAAGAAGAAGGCAAAAAUGUAAAUCAUUUUGUAUGCCUUGAUGAUAUUAGAAUAAGAAUGAGUCCUAGAGAGGCCUUCUUUGCUACAAAACGUAAAGUCAGCAUAAGAGAUAGCCUCGGUGAAAUAUGUGGAGAGCUUGUAUGUCCUUAUCCACCUGGUAUUCCAGUUCUAAUUCCUGGUGAGAUCAUCACAGCGGAAGCAUUGAAUUAUCUCCUGGAGAUCAGAAGCAAGGGUGCUGUUAUUACCGGAGCGGCUGAUUUCUCCCUAUCAUCUUUUGUUGUAUGUGUUACCUAAGCAUUCUUCCGUCACCUUAAGCAGCGGCAGUUUUGGGUAUAGUUCAAGUUCAAAAGCAAUAUCUUUCAGAGCUUUGAAUGGGAACUGUCAUGAGCCUAUUAAAGGAAACUGGUAACUCAAAGGCACAUUAAUGAAACUAUUAUGUGGACAUGGCUACUCUAGGUUUGUUUUUUGAUAAAAUCAAAGACAUUCAUGUUGUCUCUAUUAAUGCUCGUCACAACAUUGAUAUCUGAGGGUUCCACAUUCUUCUUUUCCUCAUUGUAUGUAUAAUUCUGGUCAAACGAAGGUGGACGUAUUCUCUAUCAGCAAAGCAAGAGGCAACAAGAUGAUCCUCAUCAAACUGGACAUAAGCAAUACAAGCAGGUGAAGAAAGAGAAACGCCGGCAAGCUAUUACUCAUUAGAUGGCAUUUCCAAUUGACAUUCUUUAGUUCAUCUAAAACCAACAUGCUCUUUAGUGUAUGCUAUUCCUCUUUUGGGGACUGUUAGCUAUUUGGCUUCUAUGUUGAGUUAAGAAACCUUGUAAUCAUUUGGGGUGGCUGAGAGAUUGUUUGGGAGAAGUGGUGGAACAAUGAGAAUAUGUAGCAACCCAUAUAUUAUUUCUUCUACAAUGGAAUUAUUUUCUUCUGUUGCAAGCUGGGAAGAUAAAAAAUUGCAUG